AUGGCAUCAAACGUUAUGAUUGUUUUUUGUGUUGAUAACACAACAUCGAUGGCGCUUAAUGUUAUUGAAGCUCGUGAAAUGGUUAUCAACACCUGCAAACAAGUUGAAAAGAACAGCAACAUCUAUAUAAAAAUUAUUAAGCUUGAGUCAAUGAAAACUCAAUGGCUUCGAGUACAUUGUGAAUUUACCAAUUCAAUGUCAAAAAUUGUUGAACAGCUGUUAAAAUGUAAUAAACCUGAUUGUAUAUAUCCAAGUAAAGGGAUACCUAUAGGGGACCUAUUACACGAUGCUCUUAACGUCGAUUGGCCUUUCAAUGAUGACAAUCAAAUCAUCAAUAAAAAACUUGUUGUUUUAGUAACUGAUGGUGUUCCAAACGGCCUUUUUACGCCAUUGGAUAGUAUCGAUCCUUGGGUAAUGUCCCACGAAUUUCACAAGAAGAACAUAGUUUUGGCUGUUGUUGGUGUUGGGAAUGGUAAUUUUGAAUGUGACGCUUUUUAUCAUGCAUUGGCUAAAAAUACCGGUGGUCUGUACAUUCCUUUCGUUAAUGCUGAACGUGUUCUUCAAGGUGUUAUUGGAAAGGUUAUUGUUAGGAAAGACACUUUCAGUGAAGCAUUUCGUCUUGUCCCGAGUGAAUAUAUUGAAAUAGAGUUAUAUGAAUAUGAAGCAAUCAUUCAAUGUGGCAACAUUAAUCAGAUUAAAGAACUAUUUCUUGAAGCCAUUACCAAAGCUGACUAUGAUAUUAUUAAAAUGAUCAAUGACACCAAAUUCCGUUUCUAG